UUUAGCACAGCAAGUACCAAUUUAUGUUGCAAUCUUUACUUGUCUUGAAUUGUCAGGUGUAAAUGAGUCUUUGUAAAUAUUUAAGAAUUAAGGUUUAUUAUUGAAAUUUCACUCACUUUCUGAAGUAAGUAAACAGGUGUGUUUGGGACUAGAUUUGUGGAUAAGCUGUGGUUUCAACAGUAACAUAGACUCUAUUCUUGAUCUUGUUUUAGAAGUUUAUUAAAGACAAAGUUCAUAAAAGGGGCAGCAGUAUUAUACAAGCUUAUGACAUAGUGUUGGUUUUCCUUUUUACAUUUGCUUUCACUCUUCAGCCUCUCCUUGGCUUAUUGACUUAACUGAACUCCUGUCACAUGAUUAUAAUACAUUGUAAGUGGACUGAAUUAAUAAAAUGACAUGUAUGAUUGUGAUCUUUAAAGUUUCGGGAACGUUUGAAGCAUCAGUUUUUUACGGUUUUAUAAGUUUGCAAAUGCUUGCAAUAUUAAGUUUAAUAGGUUUGCAAUAUUAUUUUGUAACCUGUUACUUACAGGACAUUAAGUGUUGUCAAGGUAACAGAGGUGAGUUAAGAUUGGAUUUGAAAAAGGCACAGUCAACAAUAGAGGUUAAUAAGGAAGUAAAUGUUCUUCCUUACUGAUUUUCUUGGCAACACACACGGAAAGGAUUUUCAUUUAUGCAAUCCCUAAUUUACAUCCCAAAAUGUGACGCUGACAUUCAUGGCGUGUCUAAAGGUGUAUAAAUACAGUAACAGAGGUUGUGCGUAAGUUACAGUAUUAAGGGAAAAUCUGCGAAAAGGUAAAAAAAAAAAAAAAAAAACUCUAACUUAUUUAUAAUUUUUCUCUGGUUGAGUAAUAUGUAAUAUUUUGAGUACAUUUCCAGUUAAAGAUAUGUGAACUGUUUAUUUGUAAUAAUGUUUAGUGAAAUGUUUCAUCAAGCUUUUCUUCACUGGUGAGAGAAGACUGAAUUUUCAAACUGAAUUUUCCCCACAGCACCUAUUAUUGUGGACAGCCAUGGCUUCACUGGUUGUAGUGGCUGUAUUUCUUCUUUGGGGGGCCUUGUUUCAACCCCCCCAGGUGGCAGCAUUCAAACCUCUUUUUCAUGAUGGUUCCAUGACCCAUAGAGAAAUCACUCAGAUGGCCAUCCUUCGCAAGACAGCAGAAGUGUGCCGUGACAUAGCCACUGCCCAGGGACGAGACUUUACACUGGCUAUAAACAACAAACUGACUGCAUCUGAUGUACAAAAAGCCUGCGCAACAUCUCCUGAUUCAUCUUCUGCCCUCUCUUCACUGGGAUUUUAUUCAGCUAUAGCAGAGAUUUAUCUAAGCAAUGCAGCCAUAGAUGUAAAGUUUGCACUGAGUGCGGCACAUCACGUAGAUAAUGAGACUUUCAUUGAGGGCCGGGACCUCAUCACUCGUGGCAUGGCUGCAGUAAAGGCCAGCGUGCAGCAGGAGAGCUAUAUCUCUGCCCGUAUCACACUGGGGGCUUUAUGCCAUACUCUACAGGAUUUCUAUAGCCACAGUAACUGGGUGGAACUGGGAAGCACUGCUCCUUUCAGCCCCCUGAUCAGACCUGAGCUUCUUCUUAACAAUCUAGCAGACCGCAGCACGCCAACGUGCAAAAACUGCAUUGGGGAAGACUGUAGUGAUAAUAUUCUCCCAGAAAUAUUACUGCAUAAGAAACUUACCUCAGGAUAUUUCAGCAUUGUCUUCUCUGCAAAACCUGCAGGCAAGUGUAGCCAUGGCGGCUUUCUUGAUAGGACCAGUUAUAGAGACCCCACUGGAGGCAUCAAUAAGGAUGAUAUCAGCUCAAGUCAUGGCUUCCUUCACCAGCGUGCUGCUGACAUGGCCAUCAACGCUACUAUGGAAAUGUUGCAAGACAUCCGACUGGCCACGGGCAACCGAGCCUUUCUUCGAUUGAUGGGCCUCAGUCACACCUCAGUUCUGGCUUUUGUGAUUGACACCACGGGCAGUAUGUCUGACGACAUUGGAGAAGCCAAGAGAGUGUCCUUCAGUAUCAUAGACAGCAAGAGAGGAACUCCGGAAGAACCUUCAGAAUACAUUUUAGUCCCAUUUAGUGAUCCAGAUUUUGGACCUCUGACAAGGACUAAGGAUGCAGAUGUUUUCAAAGCGAGAAUUAAUUCCCUUACAGCAUCUGGAGGAGGAGACGAACCAGAGAUGUGCCUGUCAGGACUGCUGUUGGCACUAGCAGGUGCUCCUCUGUCUUCAGACAUUUUUGUUUUCACUGAUGCUUCAGCAAAGGACUCAAAAUUAAAAAGCACUGUUCAGGCCAUGAUAGAACGUACCAAAUCAACAGUCACUUUCAUGUUGACUAACCCUGUCUCAUUCCGUAGAAGACGGGAUGUCUCACAAUCUCAACAGUUUAAUUCAAGAUCAAUCCCUCAGUCAGACAUGCAGCUGUACAGAGACCUGGCUUAUAUUUCUGGUGGACAGGCCAUAGAGGUCAGAAGGGCUACACUGUCUCAGGCCACAGCAGUCAUUAUGGAUGCAUCUACCUCAGCCCUGGUGACUGUUCUUUACGUAGAGAGAAAUCCAGCCAUUGCAGAAAACUUUUCUUUUGUGUUGGAUCCAUCUCUGUCCAAUGUGACUGUGUAUGUCACCGGAGACUCUCCAGUCUUUACCCUCUACAGCCCUACAGGUGUGUCUCAAUCAGGUUCAGUGGCAGAUGGUCCUCUGGGUAGCAUCCUGACUGUAGGGAAUUUAAGGAGAGUAAAACUAAACUCUGACAACCAGACAGGGGAAUGGAAGAUCAGCAUUAACUCUACACGCUUCUACAGCCUUAAAGUCACUGGUCAGAGUUCUGUGAACUUUCUAUUUAACUUUGUGGAGCAGAUAGAGGGAGGUGACCUCACACCGAAAGCCAAUCGUCCAUUCAUCGGUCGGAAUGCUACUUUGCUUGUCUCUGUGACCGGAGGAGAUUCAUUCACAGUGACUGACGUGCUUCUAGUUGAAGCUUCAGGAUCUGGUGUUGUUAACGGAACCAUCAAAGCAGUGGGUGCGACAGACUUCCUGGUCAACGUAGACAGAAUCCCAGAGGGGGCAUUUCUGGUCCAACUCAAAGGGCUGUUGAAUGACUCGACUCAAUCUUUGCCUAGUCAAUUCCAGAGACAGUCACCCACACAGCAACAAGGCUCUAGAGUUACCAUCACGGCUCAACCAAAUAGCACUAUAGAGCCUGGAAUCCCUUUUGAUCUCAACUUUACAUUGGUCAGUAAUAAUACAGAGAGCAACUAUACUAUCCGAGCCCGGACUGACCGUGGCUUCAGCGUGUCUUUCCCCAGCUCUCUGAACAUGGGGACAGAGGGCAGCGCUCAGGGAACUGUAACCCUGACUGCACCUUCUGACACAGAGUCAGGGACGGAUGUCACACUCACUAUUGAAGCAGAAGAUCAAGGGUCUGGAGACUCGAAUUACGUGGCACUGCGGUUCAGUGUCAUGACUAAGGUCAUUGAUUUCUCUAGCCCUGUCUGUCAGGUAGUGAGCAUCAAAGCUGACUGUCCUGUGGAAUGCAGCACAGCAUCAUGGGAACUCUCCGCCAACUUGACGGACGGUAAUGGUACAGGCAUAUCUGGUGUGUCUUUCAACCGUGGGAACGGCUCUCUCAGCUUAAGCAUUGUGAUAAGUGAGGAUGGCACAAAUGUGACUGUGGCAUCCUACAAUGCGUCCUGUUGUUCUCAGGAAGUAGAGCUGGUAGUUGUGGACAGGGUGGGAAAUGUGGGCACAUGUUUCACUUCUAUAAAGAGUCCCUCUGUAGAUACAACCACAGUUAAGCCCUCUACACCCUCUACACCGUCUACACCCUCUACACACUCUACACCCUCUACACACUCUACACCCUUUACACCCUUUACACACUCUACACCCUCUACACCGUCUACACCCUCUACACACUCUACACCCUCUACACCCUCUACACCGUCUACACCCUCUACACACUCUACACCCUCUACACCCUUUACACACUCUACACCCUCUACACCCUCUACACACUCUACACCCUCUACACACUCUACACCCUCUACACACUCUACACACUCUACACCCUCUACACACUCUAUACACUCUACACCCUCUACACCCUCUACACACUCUACACACUCUACACCCCCUACACCCUCUACACACUCUACACCCUCUACACCCUCUACACCCUUUACACACUCUACACCCUCUACACACUCUACACACUCUACACACUCUACACCCUCUACACACUCUACACCCUCUACACCCUCUACACACUCUACACCCUCUACACACUCUACACACUCUACACACUCUACACCCUCUACACACUCUACACACUCUACACCCUCUACACCCUCUACACCCUCUACACACUCUACACCCUCUACAAUCACUAAUAAGCCUUCGACAAUCACUACAAUCAUAACCACUCCCAAUAGAGGCUGUUUUGUGUCUUUCUCAGUGUCUGUUUUGCUCUGCAACUUAAUACUUUUUUUUAUGUAAAUAAGAGAAAGUUUAGUUGAGUAGAAACUUUAGUAGAAAGUUAUAGAAAGAAUAGUAGAAACUAUUAUGAGAUAACAAUAACAUGCCUAUGAUGUAGAUUUACAUUAAUCAAUGUCUAAAUCAUGUGAAAAUGCUUAGAUUUGGGAACAUGGUUGUAUUGUAAAUUAUCUUUUUUAAAUUCUUUUUUUUUUUUAAUAUGCAAUAAUCAUUGAAAAUUAAACAGUUGCCUCUCUUAAUUUUUUAAAAAAGAUUUUACUAAUAAAAUAAAGAGUUACCAAUUAAUCUAUAUAUAUAAAAAUAGGGAGAGCCCAAAUGUAACCUGUACUGAUUAGUUUGAAGCAGUGUUUGACCGUUACAACGUGAUCUCAAAGGAUCCUCAAACAAAGCUCAUAUUAAUCUUCGUAUCCUGUCUAAUGUGUUGAUCAUUGAAAUUUUGUCUUUGUUUAGAUUAUGUAAUGUAGUAUCCAGGAUCGACAGUUUACCCCACAACUCAUUUUCAUUAUUUCAUCUUGUAUGGUUUCAGGCUUAUCUGGUUCUCAAUCAAGGGGCUCUGUUUGCAUUUUGGAGCUUUAGUAAAAAACCUUGCUGCCAUCUAGUGGUCAUUACAGGAAUGAGUAUAUAAGGGACAAUAUUAUAUUACCAGAUUUAGGAUUAUAUAGUCCAAACAGCCCAAAACAGUUAAGCAUCUUUUGGAAUAUUUAAUUACAGUUAUAUUUUGAGACAACGAAGUUCAAUAAUGAAGUGAACAGAAAUUACAGACAUUGCAAUAGGUGUUACACAUCCUGAUGUGAUCUUUGAUUAAUUUAAAUAUAUGCAAAUAACAUUUAAGAGCUAUUUUUGGUGAAUAACAUCUUGAGAAUUUUAGUUCCAGGCUCUAUAAAUGUACUAACUCUGUUGCCCCUUUAAAAACAAAAACUCUUGUC